ACGCCAUGUUGGUUCGUCCUGUUGACAUGUCUCUGUCUCUGAAGAACAGAUGGCUUUACACAUAAAUCCUAUUAGCAACUUUCUGCUGAUGGUGAACCAUUGAGUCAAAGGCUCCUCACUCUCUUUAUUAACCUCCAUUGCAUUGAAUUGCCUCUUUUUGUCUUCCUUUUUUACUAAGAACGUUUUUGGUAAAGAGGAGUUUGAGGUUUAUUAGAGCCGAAGUCACUGGCCACACAAUGUCUGCAGAGAAGGUAACGUUAUAGAAACUGUGUUUUGAAGAGCUUUUGUUGUUGAAAGGAUGCAAGAGAGAAGGAAUAAUGGUGAUGGUUCUUAUGAACUUAGAAAAAAUUUUUAUGUAGCAUUUUGAUUCAGAUAUACUGUCAUGGUGUUUAGAUGAAUAAAGAUGAACUACUUAAGGUUAUUGCCCUCUAGAUCGUUAGACAAUUCAAUGGAUAGAAGACCAGUUUACCAGUAAUCAGAUUAUUUCAACAGAAUGCUGCUGUGGUAUUGUUACAGUUGUAAAGUGUCUGAUUUCCCCCAGCCUGGCCUGUCGUGCAUUGUAGCGCUGGUUAUGUAGAAUUAGCCACUGGGUUGUGUGGAGGCUCUGGGAUAAAUGUGCUGUAAUGUGGGAAAGACUUGGGGGGUUAGGGGGUUCUAUGUUGACUGUCAUUCAUGAAACAACCAAUCAUGUCUCUCCUCCUAUUUUAUGGACAUACUACCCAGAUUUAUUUAAGAAAGAGUGUUGUUAAUGGACUGUGGUUGUCAUUGGUUAUCAUGUCAUGGUGAAAAACCGACAGGUGGUAAGAUGAGAGUGGAUCAAUUGCCUCUUGCUUCUCUGCCCCACUGGCAGAGGCCUCAUGUCCAUUAAUAAUGAGGGGGAAGGAUUUACCCAUCUGAAGGAUACGAAAAUAUGAAAUAUAUUGUUUCUUUAACAUAUUGAUGCAGUUGAUGCAAUGAAUUUGGUCAUCGGUUUUCCCCCCUCGAAAUUGCAUGACGGCUUUGUCUAUAGGCUGCCAUUACUCAAGUGACAGCUUGUCUGAGGUGAGGACAGAAAUAGAGCCACAUCUUAAUGGGAUUACUGUGGACAUCCAUCGCUACACUUCGUCAGUCAGUGUUCAAAUGACCAGCAGGAUCACAGCACCUGACAUCCUUCUUAUUCUCGUGUCUUGGGAUGCUGUAGUGUGUUGUGGUGUUUUGUGGUGUGUUGUGGUGUGUUGUGGUAUUCUGUGGUGUGUUGUGGUGUGUUGUUUUGUGGUGUGGUGUGGUGUGGUGUGUUGUGGUGUGUUGUUGUGGUGUGUUGUGUUGUGGUGUGUUGUGUUGUGGUGUGUUGUGGUGUGUUGAAAGGGAUUUCUGGGAGGUUGGUUGACAUAAUACCAGAGCAAGGCUCAUAUAGUGGGACAACUGUCUGGUUACUGUGGAACAUGGGACUGAUUGGGAGAGAAGCUGUAUGUACUUGUGUUUGAAUAGAGUUGGGUUGUCCAGUGCACUUCCAACUGCAAUGAGAAGAAAACAUCUGCCCAAUUUCAAUAACAUUUGCAUUGAUUUAAAGGUCCAGAACCAUUCCUCUCAAUACUCGUUUUCCCGAGCAGCCUUCUGUAGUUGAUAUAACUGUUUAUUACUGUAAAUCUCUAAAGCACUAUUACUACCACUAGUAUACAACUACAUAGCCUCUGUAACACUGGAUGUGACGGAACAUGUUUACGUGACUGAGGCAGCUGACUGUGAUUCUCUCAGUCCUGACCAGUUUGUUUGGUCACUGUGUCAUUAGAACAGGUUACAUAAAAUGGAUUAACUAGAAUAUUCUAAUGAUUACUAUCUGUUCCAAAUGAAAACCUUAAUGCAUUUAUCAGUAUUUCCUUUUUGAAAGCAAAAUCGGUUUUAAGAGAAUGUCUUGAAACUCUGUACUAAGAAAAUAUGCAUUUUUGGAUAAUCAAGUGUACUGUAUUUAUAGUAAUGUGAUUUGAAAUGUACAGUGUUUGAUUUGUUUCUGUCUCCAUACCUUUCUGCUUGCACUUUCCACUGUCUUUUGAAUGGUAAGUCACUAAAAUCCUCAUGCUCCUACGCACACAUUUCCAGUGGUGGGAAGAAAGUACCCAAUUGUCAUACUUAAGUAAAAAAUACCUUAAUAGAAAAUGACUCAAGUAAAAGUGAAAGUCACACAGUAAAAUACUACUUGAGUAAAAGUCUAAAAGUAUUUGGUUUUAAAUAUACUUAAGUAUCAAAAGUAAAAAUAAUUUCAAAUUCCUUAUAUCAGAGGUGGCCACUGAUUGUCUGAAUACCCGUGGUUGGAGUUGUCAACAAAGCAGCAUGACAGAAAUAGUUUUUGAACUACCGGUAGUUUCCUUGAGAAGAUAUAUACAGAAAAGCGAUCUGUGCAUUUGAACAACAGCCUUCACUUUUGCAUGUAGAAAAACGAAUGACACACAUGAAUGACACACCGAAUGACUGCACAGGCUGCCACUAUUUUGAACAGAUUAGAUUAUACUAUUUAGAACAAGGAGUCAGCUCACGAAAGAACGAGUGCUCCAGGGAGAACGCAACAAGCAUGCACAUGCAAUAAGUGAAAACACAUUAUCUAACUGGGGAUAGCUAGCUAACAUAAUGUUACAAAUCAUGAUGCACUAGCCAGUUAACUUUCAUUCUGAAAUAACAUCAUAUUUCUGAGUUAGUCAGAUAUUACUUUAGAAAUAAUUGAAAUUGGCAUGGGAGCUAACUAGCUAGCAAGCCACCUGCUAGCUAUAGCUAGCUAGUUGCUUAUCAAAGGUAGAUAGCUAACGGGUUAAUUUUACAAAAUAAUCAACCACUAUAUUUCUAAAUGUUUCUCAAAGUUACUCUAGCUGGCUAAUUCAUUUGAUCAUGCUUUGUGAUACACCCAGUUGUAUGCUGUUUUAAUCCGCACAACAUGUCACCCAGUCAUCUACAGCAGAACCUUAUAAACAACAUCAGGGGGGAACAAUAACAUUGGCCAUGCUUUUUGUCCUACCAGAUCCGCAAGGAGAAGGUUCUAGCUAGUGUAUCCCUCUGUCCUUCGACUCUUGUUGGAUGUAAUUGUCUGGUUUAUCAGAUCCCAGGCUCCUAUGACUGUUAUGAUUAUUUAUUUACAAGUUAAUUACAAUUAGCUUUUUGAUUUAGCGCCAUCUGUACCUGAUAGAGCAGAUCUUGUCUCACAUGCGGAAGUAAAAUGUCUGGCUGCGAUAGACUCAUUGGGGAAGGGAUACUAGAGCAGAUCCAGAAGUUCUGACUGAACGGACACUCAUUUGAGCGCCCCAGGAUGGUCCAUUUACUUUGUGCUGUUCUAAUUUAUGCUAUCAAAUCCUGCGGUUUCAUUGGGGCAGUUUCCCCUCAUAGCAAAUAGCUGGCAAAACAGUCGAAGCAAUGUUCGCAUGACCUAUGCGCCCACGGAGCUGGGAGUCACUGGGGGGCAGUGUAGUAAGUAACUGAACAGCUUGUUUUGAACAAUAUAUUUUUGAAACAGGAAAUUGUACGAAUUAACCAUACUUUUAUGAGCAUUUAAAACAGUACAAUUAAAUAGAUUUUUUUUUUUUACCAAUCACAAGUGGGGCACCACCCCUAAUGCCCUCAUGGGCGAGCAGCCACUGCCUUAUAUUAAGCAAACCAGACGGCACCAUGUAUGCCGUAAAAAGUACAUUAUUUUCUUUAGGAAUGUAGUGGAGUAAAAGUAAGAGUUGUCUAACAUAUAAAUAGUAAAAGUACAGACAACCCAAAAAACUACUUAAGUAGUACGUUAAAGUAUUUCUACUUAAGUACCUUACACCUCUGCACAGUUCCCAUUGACAUAAAUGCAUGGUUCAUACAAAAGGCAGAGUAAUGCAUGUACAGUGCCUUCAGAAAGUAUUCACACCCCUUGACCUUUUCCACAUCAUGUUGUGUUACAGCCUGAAUUUAAAAUUGAUUACAUUGAGAAUGUUUGUCACUGGCCUACACACAAUAUCCCAUAAUGUCAGAGUGGAAUUCAACCCCUUUGUUAUGGCAAGCCUAAAGUUCAGGAGUAAAAAUGUGCUUAACAAGUCGCAUAAUAAGUUGCAUGGACUCACUCUGUGUGCAAUAGUGUUUAACAUGAUUUUUGAAUGACUACCUCAUCUCUGUACUCCACACAUACAAUUAUCUGUAAGGUCCCUCAGUUGAGCACUGAAUUUCAAACACAGAUUCAACCACAAAGACCAGGGAGGUUGUCCAAUGCCUCGCAAAGAAGGGCACCUAUUGGUAGAUUGUGGGAAAAAAAGCUUACAUUUAAUAUCCCUUGGAGCAUGCUGAAGUUAUUAAUUACACUUUGGAUGGUGUAUCAAUGUAUCACCCAGAUUUCACCAUGAGGCCAAUGGUGACUUCAAAACAGUUACAGAGUUUAAUGGCUGUGAUAGGAUUGAUCAACAACAUUGUAGUUAUUCCACAAUACUAACCUAAUUGAGAGAGUGAAAAGAAGGAACCCUGUAUAGAAUAAAAAUAUUCCAAAACAUGCAUCCUGUUUGCAACAAGGCACUAAAGUAAUACUGCACAAAAUUUGGCAAAGCAAUUUUGUUGUCCUGAUUACAAAGCGUUAGGUUUGGGGCAAAUCCAAUACAACACAUUACAGUAUCACUCUCCAAAUUUUCAAGCGUAGUGGUGGCUGCAUCAUGUUAUGGGUAUGUUUGUAAUCGUUAAGGACUGGGGAGUUUUUCAGGAUAAAAAAUUAACGGAAUGGAGCUAAGCACAGGCAAAAUCUUAGAGGAGAACCUGGUUUAGUCUGCUGUCCUCCAGACACUUGGAGAUGAAUUCACCUUUUAGAAGGACAAGAACUGAAAACACAAGGCCAAAUCCAUGCUGGAGUUGCUUACCAAGAAGACAGGAAAUGUUCCUGAGUGGCCAAGUUACAGUUUUAACUUAAAUCAACUUGAAAAUCUAUCGCAAGACCUGAAAUUGGUUGUCUAGCAAUGAUCAACAACCGAUUUGACAGAGCUUGAAGAUUUGUUUUUAGACUAAUGUGCAAAUGUUACACAAUCAAGGUGUAGAAAGCACUUUGAGACUUACCCAGAAAGACUCACAGCUGUAAUCACUGCCAAAGGUUAUUCUACAAAGUGUUGAUUCAUGGGUGUGAAUACUUAUGUAAAUUAGAUAUUUCUGUAUUUCAUUUUCAAUAUAUUUGCUAAAUUUUCUCAAAACAUGUUUUCAUUUUUUUCAUUAUGGGCUAUUGUGUGUAGGUGGGUGUGAAAAAAACAUAUAUUCAAUCCAUUUUGAAUUCAGGCUGUAACACAACAAAAUGUGGAAUAACUCAAGAGGUAUGAAUACUUUCUGAAGGCACUGUAGAUCUCAAAUUAGGAUUUUGUCCUUACUUCAUAUCUGUGUCAUCUGUCUCUGGUGUCUGACCCUCUCUCCUCUCCUCGUCUCAUCUCUGACUCUUCUUCCUGUAGAUAAUGCUUUCUAGAAGCCAAAGAAGAAGAAGGCAGAGACAGCGAGCGCAGCCACCAACGGUGCCGAUGCAAAGCCCAAAAAGAGCAAGAGCAAGAAGAGUGAUGACCUGUCUGGAGAGGAGAGUCCUGCCGUUCAAAGUACAGACUGUUCUGCGCAGUUCAGAUGACAUAUCGUCCAAUGAGAUACAUGCAAAUUAUUGUGUAAAAGUUCACCAACAUUUUGGCAGCAAACAGACUGUCUGAGAACCCAGACGAAGUCAUCUUGCUGCCAAAAUGUUGAUUCUUAAAUGAAUCAUUUUUUAUCUGAGAUAGUGUGCCGCUUCAAAAUGUAAUGAAUGAAUAUAUCCAUCACUCAAAACAUAUACAUUUCUUCGGAGGUCUUCCCUCUCUCAAUCUUCUUAACGAUGUUGUUUAUUUUCAUUAUUUUUGUCAAAUAGAUGGAAAAAAGGUAAAGAAAAAGAAAGCAGAUGAAGAAAAAACUGAAAAAGAAAAAGGGAAAGAAAAAGAGAAAGCCAAAGAUGAGCCAAAGAAGAAAACUAAAAGCGUGCCAAAGAAAAAGAAAGGUAAGCAGUCAGAAACAUAACUGAGAUUAUGCUCAAGGUGAACUGCAUGUUACAGCAUCAAACCGUCUGUAAAACCCAAUAAAAAUGUACUCUUCUUUUCUGCCCAAGGUUCAGAUACAGAAGAUGACGACGAUGAUGAUGAGGAAGAGAAUCCACAGAAGAAGACAAAGAAAAAGAUCACAAAGGAAGGUUCUGAAAAAGAUGGCAAGGAGAAGAAAUCCAAAGCUAAAGGUGGGCAGAUGUAUAGGAAAGCAAUUUUCUUAAAGGUGUUAGUAGACAACAAGAAUAAGACCUGCUUUAAGAGGAUUAGGUAGGAUAUUUAAGUGUAAUGUUGAGUGAAAGGAAACACUAGUCCUGCACACGAGGUGGAAGGCCACAGCCUUAUGCUGUCAUCACCUAACAAGCUGUUGCAGAUUAGACAACAAGACAGUGUGCAAAACAUACAAAAACAUAUAAACAAGUUUCACGGCCUCCCGAGUGACGCAGCGGUCUAAGGCACUGCAGUGCUUGAGGCGUCACUGCAGAUCCGGGUUAGAUCCCGGGCUGUGUCGCAGCCGUCCGCGACCGGGAGACCCAUGAGGCGACGCAUAAUUUGGCUGGCCGGCCGGGAUGUCCUUGUCCCAUCGCACUCUAGCGACUCCUGUGGCGGGCCGGGCGCAUGCACGCUAAGACGGUCACCAGUUGUAUGGUGUUUCCUCCGACACAUUGGUGCGGCUGGCUUCCUGGUUAAGCGAGCAGUGUGUCAAGUAGCAGUGCGGCUUGGCAGUGUCGUGUUUCGGAGGACGUAUGGCUCUCGACCUUCGCCUCUCCCGAGUCCGUACGGUAGUUGCAGUGAUGGGACAAGACUGUAACUACCAAAUGUAUAUCACGAAAUUGGGGAGAAAAAGGGGUUAAAUGUUUUUUUUAAGUAAAAAAACAUUAUUUAUUUUUUGAAACAUAACACUGGUAACGAAAUAGUAUUUUCGUCACACAUCUUUUUUCAGAUGACAAAGAGUCUGACAAAAAAUCGAAGAAAGACACCAAGAAAAAGGAACCAGCUUCUCUGUUCUCUGUAAAUGGAGAUAAGGAUAAGUCAGACUCCAAGAGCAAGAAGAAAGGUACAGUAAGCGUUAACACUAUAGCUUUAAGUAUUCAUUUUAAACUGCUGCAAUUUUAGGGAUAAUGAUCGACUUUGUGGUUGAAAAUCUCUAACCCAUCGUCAUGUAUGAUUUGUGUCUAAACAUCAGAAGUCUCACACCCCUUUUGCAAGAGCACUCACUGCAGUGUUACAGUACCAUUGGAAAAACACUGUAGGUACACCGUAAUAUGAUCAUAACCUGAAGUGUAUUCUCUUAAACCAGCAGCCAAAUCGGAUAGUGAAGACAGCGAACCAGAAACCAAGUCCAGCAAAUCAAAAUCAAAGAAGAAGGAGAACGCCAACCCAGCAUCCAUGUUCUCAGCAGGGGGAGACAAGGACAAGGACAAGGACAAGGACAAGGACAAAGACAAGGACAAGAAGAAGAAGAAGAAAGGCAAGUGUUUUAAGUUAUAAUUAAAUACAGCUCUGUUGUUUGACUGUCUUCCUGCUGGUCAGUGAAGGAAAGUUGUCUGAUAUUUCCCUAAUGUUCUAUUUCCUAUCAGCCAAAGCAUCAGACAGCGAUGAUUCUGACCCAGAGGCAGAAAAAGGAAAAAAGAAAAAGGGAAAAGGGAAGAAGAAAAAGGUUUGUGUCUGUUUAGUUAGCUAGGUCACAGUCUGUUUAGUUAGCUAGGUCACAGUCUGUUUAGUUAGCUAGGUCACAGUCUGUUUAGUUAGCUAGGUCACAGUCUGUUUAGUUAGCUAGGUCACAGUCUGUUUAGUUAGCUAGGUCACAGUCUGUUUAGUUAGCUAGGUCACAGUAUGUUUAGUUAGCUAGGUCACAGUCUGUUUAGUUAGCUAGGUCACAGUCUGUUUAGGUAGCUAGGUCACUGUCUGUUUAGUUAGCUAGGUCACAGUCUGUUUAGUUAGCUAGGUCACAGUCUUGACACAGUGAUGGCGGGGUGGGGUAUACAAUUCUGCAAUCCUCUGACCUAAAAGGUCCCCAAAUGAACAUUGGUUAGAGAUGCUGAUAAGCUGAUAACCAUAUUUUUUCUUGUCCCACAUCCAGGAGGAGAGGCCUCCGUCCCCGGACAUUGAGUUUGACAGCCUGGAGGAGUUUGUUCUGCAGCCAGCCCAGCAGGGGGUGACGGUCAAAUGCAAGGUGACCCGGGACCAGAGGGGCUUGGACAAAGGCCUAUACCCCACAUACUAUCUCCACCUGGACAAUGAAAAGAAGGCGAGGCACUCCCAGAGGACAGGUUUAGGGGUUUUAUUGUCAUUUUGAAACCAAUCCGAGAUGGAGCCAACGUGAGCAUAAAACCAAGUCGUGGACUUCAAAUCAAAUUAAAUUUUAUUGGCCACAUGCGCCGAAUACAACAGGUGCAGACAUUACAGUGAAAUGCUUACUUACAGCCCUUAACCAACAGUGCAUUUAUUUUUAAUAAAACAGUAGAAUAAAACAAAAAAGUGUUGAGAAAAAAAGCAGAAGUAAAAUAAAAUAACAGUAGGGAGGCUAUAUAUACAGGGGGUACCGGUGCAGAGUCAAUGUGCGGGGGCACCGGCUAGUUGAGGUAGUUGAAGUAAUAUGUACAUGUGGGUAGAGUUAAAGUGACUAUGCAUAAAUAAUUAACAGAGUAGCAGCAGCGUAAAAAUAUGGGGUGGGGGAGGGGGGGGGGGGGGGGGGGGGGGGGGUAGCCAUGAUUAGCUGUUUAGGAGUCUUAUGGCUUGGGGGUAGAAGCUGUUGAGAAGUCUUUUGGACCUAGACUUGGCACUCCGGUACCGCUUGCCGUGCGGUAGCAGAGAGAACAGUCUAUGACUAGGGUGGCUGGAGUCUUUGACAAUUUUGAGGGCCUUCCUCUGACACCGCCUGGUAUAGAGGUCCUGGAUGGCAGGAAGCUUGGCCCCAGUGAUGUACUGGGCCGUACGCACUACCCUCUGUAGUGCCUUACGGUCGGAGGCCAAGCAGUUGCCAUACCAGGCGGUGAUGCAACCAGUCAGGAUGCUCUCGAUGGUGCAGCUGUAUAAUUUUUUUAGGAUCUGAGGACCCAUGCCAAAUCUUUCAGUCUCCUGAGGGGGAAUAGGCUUUGUCGUGCCCUGUUCACGACUGUGUUGGUGUGUUUGGACCAUGAUAGUUCGUUGUUGAUGUGGACACCAAGGAAUUUGAAGCUCUCAACCUGUUCCGCUACAGCCCCGUCGAUGAGAAUGGGGGCGUGCUCAGUCCUCUUUUUUUUCCUGUAGUCCACAAUCAUUACAUUUACAUUUUUACAUUUUUGUCAUUUAGCAGACGCUCUUAUCCAGAGCGACUUACAGUUAGUGAGUGCAUACAUUUUUCAUACUGGCCCCCCAUGGGAAUUGAACCCACAACCCUGGCGUUACAAAUGCCAUGCUCUACCAACUGAGCUACAUCCCUGCUGGCCAUUCCCUCCCCUACCCUGGACGACGCUGGGCCAAUUGUGCGCCGCCCCAUGGGUCUCCCGGUCAAGGCCGGCUACGACAGAGCCUGGAUUUGAACCAGGAUCUCUAGUGACACAGCUAGCACUGCGAUGCAGUGCCUUAGACCACUGCGCCACUCGGGAGAUGGUCUCCUUUGUCUUGGUCACGUUGAGGGAGAGGUUGAUAUCCUGGCACCACAUGGCCAGGUCUCUGACCUCCUCCCUAUAGGCUGUCUCAUCGUUGUCGGUGAUCAGGCCUACCACUGUUGUGUCGUCUGCAAACUUAAUGAUGGUGUUGGAGUCGUGCCUGGCCAUGCAGUCAUGGGUGAACAGGGAGUACAGGAGGGGACUGAGCACGCACCCCUGAGGGGCCCCUGUGUUGAGGAUCAGUGUGGCAGAUGUGUUGUUACCUACCCUUACCACCUGGGGGUGGCCUGUCAGGAAGUCCAGGAUCCAGUUGCAGAGGGAGGUGUUUAGUCCCAGGAUCCUUAGCUUAGUGAUGAGCUUUGAGGGCACUAUGGUGUUGAAUGCUGAGCUGUAGUCAAUGAAUAGCAUUCUCACGUAGGUGUUCCUCUUGUCCAGGUGGGAAAGGGCAGUGUGGAGUGCAAUAGAGAUUGCAUCAUCUGUGGAUCUGUUGGGGCGGUAUGCAAAUUGGAGUGGGUCUAGGGUUUCUGGGAUAAUGGUGUUGAUGUGAGCCAUGACCAGCCUUUCAAAGCACUUCAUGGCUACAGACGUCAGUGCUACUGGUCGGUAGUCAUUUAGGCAGGUUAUCUUAGAGUCCUUGGGCACGGGGACUAUAGUGGUCUGUUUGAAACAUGUUGGUAUUACAGACUCAGUCAGGGACAUGUUGAAAAUGUCAGUGAAGACACUUGCCAGUUGGUCAGCACAUGCUCGGAGUACACGUCCUGGUAAUCCGUCUGGCCCUGUGGCCUUGUGAAUGUUGACCUGCUUAAAAGUCUUACUCACAUCGGCUACGGAGAGCGUGAUCACAUAGUCAUCCGGAACAGCUGGUGCUCUCAUGCAUGCUUCAGUGUUGCUUGCCUCGAAGCAAGCAUAGAAGUGGUUUAGCUCGUCUGGAAGUCUUGUGUCACUGGGCAGCUCGCGGCUGUGCUUCCCUUUGUAGUCUGUAAUAGUUUUCAAGCCCUGCCACAUCCGACGAGCGUCAGAGACGGUGUAGUACGAUUCAAUCUUAGUCCUGUAUUGACUCUUUGCCUGUUUGAUGGUUCGUCGGAGGGCAUAGUGGGAUUUCUUAUAAGCGUCCGGGUUAGAGUCCCGCUCCUUGAAAGCGGCAGCUCUACCCUUUAGCUCAGUGGGGAUGUUGCCUGUAAUCCAUGGCUUCUGGUUGGGGUAUGUACGUACGGUCACUGUGGGGAUGACAUCAUCGAUGCACUUAUUGAUGAAGCCAGUGAUUGAUGUGGUGUACUCCUCAAUGCUAUCUGAAGAAUCCCGGAACAUGUUCCAGUCUGUGCUAGCAAAACAGUCCUGUAGUUUAGCAUCUGCAUCAUCUGACCACUUUUUUAUUAACCAAGUCACUGGUGCUUCCUGCUUUAGUUUUUGCUUAUACGCAGGAAUCAGGAGGAUAGAGUUAUGGUCAGAUUUGCCAAAUGGAGGGCGAGGGAGAGCUUUGUAUGCGUCUCUGUGUGUGGAGUAAAGGUGGUCUAGAGUUUUUUUUCCUCUGGUUGCACAUUUCACAUGCUGGUAGAACUGAUUUAAGUUUCCCUGCAUUAAAGUCCCCGGCCACUAGGAGCGCUGCCUCUGGAUGAGCGUUUUCCUGUUGACUUAUGGCCUUAUACAGCUCAUUCAGUUCAAUCUUAAUGCCAGCAUUGGUUUGUGGUGGUAAAUAGACAGCUAUGAAAAAUAUAGAUGAAAACUCUCUUGGUAAAUAGUGUGGUCUACAGCUUAUCAUAAGAUACUCUACCUCAGGCGAGCAAAACCUCGAGACUUCCUUAGUAUUUGAUUUUGUGCACCAGCUGUUGUUUACAAAUAUACACAGACCGCCACCCCUUGUCUUACCGGAGUCAGCCGUUCUAUCCUGCCGAUGUAGCGUAUAGCCCGCUAGUUGUAUGUUGUCCAUGUCGUCGUUCAGCCACGACUCGGUGAAACAUAAGAUAUUACAGUUUUUAAUGUCCCGUUGGUAGGAUAACCGUAAUCUUAAAUCAUCCAAUUUAUUCUCAAAUGAUUGAAGAUUGGCUAAUAGGAUUGAUGGGAGCGGCAGUUUACUCGCUCGCCGUCGGAUCCUUACAAGGCACCCCGACCUACGUCCACGAUAUCUCCGUCUCUUCCUCAUGCGAAUGACGGGGAUUUGGGCUUUGUCGGGUGUCUGUAGGAUAUCCUUCGUUGGCUGCCUCGUUGAAGAAAAAAUAUUAGUCCAACACGAGGUGAGUAAUCGCUGUCCUGAUAGCCAGAAGCUCUUUUUGGUUAUAAGAGACGAUGGCAGAAACAUUAUGUACAAAAUAAAUUACAAAUAACGCGGAAAACACACAUAAUAGUACAAUUGGUUAGAGGGCUGUAAAACGGCAGCCUUCUUCUCCGGCGCCAUUAUUAUUAAGGCUAGAUAACAGACUUGUGAUGCAGUGGUGACUAAAAUGUAAAUGUAAAUGUAUGAUAUGCAUUUCAGGAAUCAUUGUCCAGGGGAUUAAUUAUGUGUUUUUACAGGUCUUUCUACUGGCUGGGAGAAAACGAAAGAAAAGCACAACCUCCAAUUACCUGAUCUCCAUAGACCCCACAGACUUGUCAAGGGGUGGAGAAAAUUUCAUUGGAAAGUUGAGGUAUGCUGUAAUAUACACUACCGUUCAAAAGUUUGGGGUCACUUAGAAAUGUCCUUGUUUUCGAAAGAAAAGCCUUUUUUUUGUCCAUUCAAAUAACAUCAAAUUGAUCAGAAAUACAUUGUAGACAUUGUUAAUGUUAAUGCCUAUUGUAGAUGGAAACGGCAGAUUUUUUAUGGAAUAUCUACAUAGGCGUACAGAGGCCCAUUAUCAGCAACCAUCAGUCCUGUGUUCCAAUGGCACGUUGUGUUUGCUAAUCCAAGUUUAUCAUUUUAAAAGGCUAAUUGAUCAUUAGAAAACCAUUUUGCAAUUAUGUUAGCACAGCUGAAAACUGAUGUGCUGACCUUCUAGGCAGAGUUGCAAAGAAAAAGUCCAGUGUCUGUGUUCUUUUGCCCAUCUUAAUCUUUGAUUUAUAUUGGCCAGUCUGAGAUAUGGCUUUUUCUUUGCAACUCUGAAGGUCAGCAUCCCGGAGUCACCUCUUCACUGUUGACGUUGAGACUGGUGUUUUGCGGGUACUAUUUAAUGAAGCUGCCAGUUGAGGACCUGUGAGGCGUCUGUUUCUCAAACUAGACACUCUAAUGUAUUUGUCCUCUUGCUCAGUUGUGCACCGGGGCCUCCCACUCCUCUUUCUAUUCUGGUUAGAGCCAGUUUGCGCUGUUCUGUGAAGGGAGUAGUACACAGCAUUGUACGAGAUCUUCAGUUUCUUGGCAAUUUCUCGCAUGGAAUAGCCUUCAUUUCUCAGAACAAGAAUAGACUGACGAGUUUCAGAAGAAAGUUAUUUGUUUCUGGCCAUUUUGAGCCUGUAAUCGAACCCACAAUUGCUGAUGCUCCAGAUACACAACUAGUCUCAAGAAGGCCAGUUUUAUUGCUUCUUUAAUCAGCACAACAGUUUUCAGCUGUGCUAACAUAAUUGCAAAAGGCUUUUCUAAUGAUCAAUUAGCCUUUUAAAAUGAUAAACUUGGAUUAGCAAACACAACGUGCCAUUGGGACACAGGACUGAUGGUUGCUGAUAAUGGGCCUCUGUACGCCUAUGUAGAUAUUCCAUUAAAAAUCAGCCGUUUCCAGCUACAAUAGCCAUUUACAACAUUAACAAUGUCUACACUGUAUUUCUGAUUAAUUUGAUGUUAUUUUAAUGGACAAAAAAUUGCUUUUCUUUCAAAAACAAGGACAUUUCUAAGUGACCCCAAACUUUUGAACAGUAGUGUACAUUCAUAGAUCAAACUGUAACAAUUCCAUAAAACAUGUUUUAUUGCAACUGUAAUCAUGCAUUUCAUAAGCUCAUUUAAUUAAUGGAGUGAUUCUUUACACUCCAUAGGUCCAACUACUUGGGCACUAAGUUCACAGUGUUUGAUAAUGCACUGCACCCAGACAGAGCUCUACCAGACAUGUCCAACGCUCGCCAAGAAUUAGCAGCCAUUAUUUACGUAAGGCUUUUGAAAUGUACAUUGAAGAACCAUUUAUAAAGGUUUUCCCAAAGGGUUCAUAAGUAUUUUAUAAACUGCUGAUUAUUUUGGUAUAGUUAAGCCAUUAAAUACAUUUUUUAAAUGGGUUAUAAAUGGUUUGUAAAGGGGCUAUAAGUAUACUGAACAAAAAUAUAAACGCAACAUGCAACCAUUUCAAAGAUUUUACUGAGUUACAGUUCAUAUUAGGUAAUCAGUAAAUUGAAAUAAAUUCAUUAGGCCCUAAUCUAUGGAUUUAACAUGACUGGGAAUACAGAUAUGCAUCUGUUGGUCACAGAUACCUUUAAAGAAAGAUAGGGGCAUGGAUCAGAAAACCAGUCAGUAUCUGGCGUGACCACCAUUUGCCCCCUGCAGUGAAUUGGAACACGCUGUAGUACACAUCGAUCCAGAGCAUCCCAAACAUGCUCAAUUGGUGAUAUGUCUGGUGAGUAUGCAGGCCAUGGAAGAAAUGGGACAUUUUCAGCUUCCAGGAAUUGGGUACAGAUCCUUGCAACAUGGGGCCAUGCAUUAUCAUGCUGAAACAGGAGCUGAUGGCGGCAGAUAAAUGGCACAACAAUGGGCCUCAGGAUUCCGUCACGGUAUCUCUGUGCACUCAAAUUGCCAUCGAUAAAAUACAAUUGUGUUCGUUGUCCGUAGCUUAUGCCUGCCUAUACCAUAACCCCACCGCCACCAUGGGGCACUCUGUUCACAAUGUUGACGUCAGCAAACUGCUCGCCCACACAACGCCAUACAUGUGGUCUGCAGUUGUGAGGCCGGUUGGACAUACUGCCAAAUUCUCUAAAAUGAUGUUGGAGGCGGCUUAUGGUAGAGAAAUAAACAUUACAUUCUCUGGCAACAGCUCUGGUGAACAUUCCAUGAGCCAGCAUGCCAAUUGCAUGCUCCUUCAAAACUUGAGACAUCUGUGGCAUUGUGUUGUGUGGCAAAACUGGCCUUUUAUUGUCCCCAGCACAAGGUGCACCUGUGUAAUAUUCAUGCUGUUUAAUCAGCUUCUUGGAAUGCCACACCUGUCAGGUGGAUGGAUUAUCUUGGUAAAUGAGAAAUACUCACUAAUAUGGAGGUAAACAAAUGUGUUCACAAAAUUAGAGAGAAAUAAGCUUUUUGUGCAUAUGGAAAAUUUCGGGGAUCUUUUAUUUCAGCUCAUGAAACAUGGGACCAACACUUUACACGUUGCAUUUAUAUUUUUGCUCAAUUUACAUUGCUUUGCAAAAGUAUCCAUCCCCCUUGGCGUUUUUUCCUAUUUUGUUGCAUUACAACCUGCAAUUUAAAUGGAUUUUUGUUUGGAUUUCAUGUAAUGGACAUACACAAAAUAGUCCAAAUUGGUGAAAUGAAAAAAAUAACUUGUUUCAAAAAAUUCUAAGAAAUAAAUUACGGAAAAGUGGUGCGUGCAUAUGUAUUCACCCCCUUUGCUAUGAAGCCCCUAAAUAAGAUCUGGUGCAACCAAGUACCUUCAGAAGUCACAUAAUUAGUUAAAUAAAGUCCACCUGUGUGCAAUCUAAGUGUCACAUGAUCUCAGUAUAUAUACACCUGUUCUUAAAGGCCCCAGAGUCUGCAACACCACUAAGCAAGGGAAACCACAAAGCAAGCGGCACCAUGAAGACCAAGGAGCUCUCCAAACAGGUCAGGGACAAAGUUGUGGAGAGGUACCGAUUAGGGUUGGGUUAUCCAAAAAUAUCUGAAACUUUGAACAUCCCACGGAGCAGCAUUAAAUCCAUUAUUAAAAAAUUGAAAGAAUAUGGCACCACAACAAACCUGCCAAGAGAGGGCCGCCCACCAAAAAUCACGGACCAGGCAAGGAGGACAUUAAUCAGAGAAAGAAAGAAAAAAAUAAGCAAACACGUUUGGUGUUUGCCAAAAGGCAUGUGGGAGACUCCCCAAACAUAUGGAAGAAGGUACUCUGGUCAGAUGAUACUAAAAUUGAGCUUUUUGGCCAUCAAGGAAAACGCUAUGUCUGGCGCAAACCCAACACCUCUCGUCACCCCGAGAACACCAUGUUUUUCAUCGGCAGGGACUGGGAAACUGGUCAGAAUUGAAGGAAUGAUGGCGCUAAAUACUGGGGCAUUCUUGAGGGAAACCUGUUUCAGUCUUCCAGAGAUUUGAGACUGGGAAGGCAGUUCACCUUCCAGCAGGACAAUGACCCUAAGCAUACUGCUAAAGCAACACUCGAGUGGUUUAAUUGAAAACAUUUAAAUGUAUUGGAAUGGCCUAGUCAAAGCCCAGACCUCAAUCCAAUUGAGAAUCUGUGGUAUGACUUAAAGAUUGCUGUACACCAGCGGAACCCAUCCAACUUGAAGGAGCUGGAACAGUUUUGCCUUGAAGAAUGGGCAAAAAUCCCAGUGGCUAGAUGUGCCAAGCUUAAAUAGAAAUACCCCAAGAGACUUGCAGCUGUAAUUGCUGCAAAAGGUGGCUCUACAAAGUAUUGACUUGGGGGUGGGGGGGGGGGGGUGAAUAGUUAUUCACACUAAUGUUUUCUGUUUAAAAAAAAAUCUUAUUUCUUGUUUGUUUCACAAUAGAAAAUAUGUUGCAUCUUCAAAGUGGUAGGCAUGUUAUUUAAAUCAAAUGAUACAACCCCCCAAAAAAUCCAUUUUAAUUCCAGGUUGUAAGGCAACAAAAUAGGAAAAAUACCAAGGGGGGUGAAUACUUUCGCUAGCCACUGUAGUUCAUAGACUGUUCAUUAUUAGAUUGUUAUUACAAAAUGUUAUUUUAAAUUGAUCUAUGAUGGAACCCAACUUCCCUAAAAAUGUAAUUCCUAAUUCCGCUUCUUAUCUCUCUGACCUUUGGGUAUAGGAAACGAAUGUCUUGGGAAUGAAGGGUCCCAGAAGGUUGACCGUUAUCAUCCCAGGGAUGGGCAAGGACAGUGAACGAGUACCCCUCCGACCUCGCAGUGUAAGAAAUCCGUUGUUAUACAGAUGUCAUUCUGUCUGAGUUAUUGAUUAGGACCGAACAACACCCCUCUUCAUUAAAGACCUUUGUCAUGAUUUCAUCUUUGUAGGAUAAGUCGCUCUGGAUAAGAGCGUCUGCUAAAUGAUAUAAAUGUAAAUGUAAAUGUAGGAGGUUACAUGCUGUGUAGGCUACAUACAGUAUAGUACAGUGUAUCUGAUGAUUUGCUUUUACCACAAUAUUCCUCAUUGUCCAUAUUGUUAUUGUGACCAGCUGGGUCGUCCCACCAAUUCGGUGCCUUUUGAGAUGUGUAACUUGGUAAAACAAUUAUUUGAUUUCACCUAAUUGUAACAUUCUGUCAUAAAGAGCACAUGUUCAACUUCAUAAAAAAACUAAUUUUCCCAUCUCAAGAUUUUAAAUACAAAUGUGACUAUAGUAUGUGUUAAAUAAAGUCAAAGGGUUGACCGUACAGAGUUGAAUAUUUACAUUUAGCAGAUACUCUUAUCCAGAGCAAUUAGGGUUAAGUGACUUGCUCAAGGGCACAUCGACAGAUUUUUCACCUAGUCGGCUCGGGGAUUAGAACCAGUGACCUUUCGUUUACUGGCACACGCUCUUAACCACUAAGCUACCUGCCGCUACCUAAUUAUAUCAUCUUAAAUCAGCCAUAAAUCCCCUUGUGACAUGGAGAAUGGAAGCUUGUUGUGUGCAAAAGGGAGUGGCAAUUGCAAGCUUCACAAUGAUUUAUUUUUUUACAUUCUAGCCUGUCUAUCUAUGGGUAACAGGGUUGACGUGUUAUGCUCGACCCGCUCAGUUUUCCACCACUAAACACCAGAAAAUGGCCAAAAAGAGUACAACCAGCUCACCUGCUUUUACUCUAUGAUUUGACUAUUAAAUGUUAAAUGUUUCUUUUUUUAAAAUAUAUUUCAAAAGGAAGUUUGACCUUAUUAAAACGAGAGCUCAGUUCACAUAACAGGGUUGACCUUAAAAUGAGGGACAGGCGUAAAUAUAUCACUAAUCACAUGAAAUAAAUAAUCUUCAGAAAUGACUUUGUCAAAGCAACAAAAAAAAUCCGAAUUUUGUAGUCUAUAUUAAAGGACACUUCAUUGAAUAUAACAGGCUUUUAAAUUUCUAUAUUUGUGCCAAAUUUCUACUUAAAAUAUUAAUGGGAGGCAAAGGCACUUAUUUUGUGGAAUGACCCAGCUAAUGUUGCUGCAUUUCUUCAACCCCCAUUUCUUCAGGACAACGAUGGUUUACUGAUGAAGUUCCAGAAUAGAAAGUUGGACAAUCUGAUCGAACUCCACAACAAGACCCCCACGUGGAAUGAGGAGACGGCGUCCCAUGUGCUGAACUUCAACGGCAGGGUCACACAGGCCUCCAUCAAGAACUUUCAGAUCGUCCACAGCAAGGAUUGUGAGAAGAGAUUCAAACCAAAAAUUCUCAUUCGCAAUCAUUACAUUACUUACAUAUUGUUAAUUUCUAGUACAUAUCAUAAACAAUACAGGUGGACAAAAGUCUAAGAAUAAAACAAGUUGAAUAAGGUUGAAUAAAGUCACAAAACUCCCAAAUACAGUAUACUUUCUGGGAGUUUUUAGCUAAAGUGUAAUUUGCCAUUUUCCUGUCAAAAAUGUAAAUGUUAACUGUUUUUUGUUUGUGUGUGUUUAAAAUAUUCUAUUUAUUCUGUUCUAGUGGACUAUAUUGUGAUGCAGUUUGGACGAGUAGCAGACGAUGCCUUCACUCUGGACUAUAGCUACCCCAUGUGUGCAGUGCAGGCCUUUGCCAUCGCUCUAUCAAGCUUCGAUGGCAAAAUAACCUGUGAAUAAGAGGAAACCAUAUAGGCUCUGGUGCUUCCUCAAGCUGCUGCAACUCCUUAUUGGCAUACUACAGAUGCCCACUACCAGAAAGAAGAAUAUCCUUCACCAUUCCUCAACAUCAGUGCAAGGUACAUAGAAGCAUUUCAUAACACAUGGACUGCCUCAGGGAUUGUUUUGUUUGUUUGUGUCUCAUUGCAAUGAUAGUCAUGAGCUGACGGAUGUGAGUGGAUGCUGAUGCUUCAUGCAAGUCUGAGCAGCGGAGCUUUGGUGUGCUUUGGCAUUACACCAUUUCAGUGUUGGGGGAUGAAAGUGACAUCUGAAGAGUGAGAGCCUAUCUUCCACCUACAUCAAUGAUUUUAUAGCAUAGUACAUGUCCAAUUUUCAUUCAUUCUGUUGCUUUUAAUUUGGAAUGCAAAUCCAGUAAUGUGUAAUCUAUUGGUUAAAAAUAAACUGUGUCUACGUGUGUCUAAUUCAUUUCAAAACAUGUCAAAGUAUAUUUAUUUAGUACUACUUGUUAUUAUUAUUUUUAGGGUUAUGUUUGUUUCCAUGCA